AUGGUUCUCCUGCUCCACCCAUUGUCUCCUCCUCAUGUUCCACCUGCAACCGGAGCUCCGUCAAUCUCCGCCGCUGGUAACCAUCACCGACAUAUUCUCUCCUUGUCUGAAACAUGCACAAGCAUGUCCCAGCUCAAGCAGCUCCACGCCUACACUCUCCGUACAACUUUCCCUGACGAAAACGCCACUCUGUUUCUCUACGGCAGAAUCCUCCAGCUCUCUUCUUCCUUCUCCGACGUCAAUUACUCAUUCCGUGUUUUCGAUUCGAUACAGCAAGAAAACCAUAGCUCCUUCAUGUGGAACACACUAAUCAGAGCAUGUGCACAUGACGUUUCCAGGAAAGAAGAAGCCAUUCUGCUUUACCGGAAAAUGUUAGAGAGAGGAAACCCGGCGCCGGAUAAGCACACGUUCCCGUUUGUCUUGAAAGCUUGCGCUUAUAUAUUCGGGUUAUCAGAAGGGAGACAGGUUCAUUGUCAGGUUGUAAAAUAUGGGCUUAGUGGAGAUGUGUAUGUGAACAACGGUUUGAUUCAUUUGUAUGGUUCUUGUGGAUGUUUAGAUUUAGCGCAGAAAGUUUUUAAUUAUAUGCCUGAGAGAAGUCUUGUUUCUUGGAACUCGAUGAUUGAUGCUCUGGUUCGAGUUGGAGAGUAUGAUUCUGCGUUCGAGCUGUUCCGACAGAUGCAGAGAUCGUUCGAACCAGAUGGUUAUACAAUGCAAAGUGUUGUGAGUGCGUGUGCUGGUCUCGGAUCUUUGUCGCUUGGUACUUGGGCACAUGCGUUUUUGGUUCGAAGAUGUGAGUUUGAUGUUGCAAUGGAUGUUCUGAUCAAAAACUCGUUGAUCGAAAUGUAUUGCAAAUGCGGGUCGUUGGGAAUGGCUGAGCAAGUGUUCCAAGGGAUGCAAAAACGUGACUUAGCUUCAUGGAACGCAAUGAUUCUAGGGUUUGCUACACAUGGAAGAGCUUAUGAGGCUCUGGAUUGCUUCGACCGUAUGGUGAGAAAAGACGAGAAUGUUAAACCGAACUCAGUCACGUUUGUUGCAAUCCUCAUCGCUUGCAACCACCGAGGCAUGGUUAAAAAAGGGCGUCAGUAUUUUGAAAUGAUGGUCACAGAUUAUGGCGUUGAACCUGCACUGGAGCAUUACGGUUGUAUCAUUGACCUUGUUGCCCGUGCAGGCUACAUUACUGAAGCUAUUGAGAUGGUGACAGGUAUGCCGAUGAAACCGGAUGCAGUGAUCUGGAGAAGUCUCCUUGAUGCUUGUUGCAAAAAGGGUGCUAGUGUGGAGCUAAGUGAAGAAAUUGCUAGAAAUGUGAUUGAAACAAGGGAAGAUAACCAAAGUUCAAGUGGCGCAUAUGUCUUGCUGUCUAGGGUGUAUGCAUCGGCUAGUCGGUGGAACGAUGUUGGGAUUGUGAGAAAGCUAAUGACUGAACAUGGAAUUAGAAAAGAACCAGGAUGCAGUUCCAUUGAGAUAAAUGGUAUCUCCCAUGAGUUUUUCGCAGGAGACACGUCGCAUCCUCAGACGAAACAGAUAUACCAACAGUUGAAAGUGAUUGAUGACAAGCUGAGAUCCAUUGGUUAUUUACCUGAUAGCUCUCAAGCACCGUUAGUAGAUGCAACCAACGAUGGAAGCAAAGAGUAUUCCCUCAGGCUGCACAGUGAGAGGCUCGCCAUUGCUUUUGGUCUGAUAAGCUUACCACCUCAAACUCCAAUCCGUGUAUUCAAGAAUCUACGCGUCUGUGGUGAUUGCCACGAGGUUACUAAACUAAUCUCAAAGGUUUUCAACACUGAGAUUAUUGUGAGAGAUCGUGUUCGGUUCCAUCACUUCAAAGACGGAUCCUGCUCUUGUCUAGACUACUGGUAGCAAAAAAAAACAUUAGUCACCGUUGAAAAGAUUGGACAUGCACUAACCGCUACAACCAAGUUUUGUAUACUUCACAAGUUUAAUAAUCAAGAAGCAUAUGAUC